GUGCGUGACGUAGGAGGAAGAAGCCGCCAUUAGGGGCAGCGGGGCCGUGGCCGUGGGGCAGGUUCGGUUGUUGUGUUCCUUUCCAGCCUGUGUCUCCGGGGCCGUGCCGGUGCCUCGCCAGCCCCCCUCCCGCUCCCCCGCGGGUCUCCGUCCCGGUGGGCGGCGGUGGCGCCGCGGUGCGGCCCGUUGAUGUGAGGCGCGGCUCGGCGGCGGGGCGCGGAUGGCGGCGGGGGCCGGCGCGGCGGCCGGGGGCCGCAGCUUCUCCUUCAAGGUGGUGCUGCUCGGGGAAGGCUGCGUGGGGAAAACCUCGCUGGUGCUGCGCUACUGCGAGAACAAGUUCAACGAUAAGCACAUCACCACCCUGCAGGCAUCUUUUCUUACAAAGAAGCUAAAUAUUGGUGGAAAAAGAGUAAAUCUUGCAAUAUGGGAUACAGCUGGUCAAGAAAGAUUUCAUGCAUUGGGGCCCAUCUACUACAGGGACUCUAAUGGCGCUAUUCUAGUAUAUGAUAUAACAGAUGAAGACUCUUUUCAAAAGGUAAAAAACUGGGUUAAAGAAUUAAGAAAAAUGUUGGGAAAUGAAAUCUGUUUAUGUAUAGUAGGUAACAAAAUAGACUUGGAAAAAGAGAGACAUGUUUCAGUGCAAGAAGCAGAAAUGUAUGCUGAAUCUGUUGGAGCAAAACAUUAUCAUACGUCAGCUAAACAGAACAAAGGAAUUGAAGAACUCUUUCUUGACCUUUGCAAAAGAAUGAUAGAAACUGCUCAAGUGGAUGAAAGAGCAAGAGGCAAUGGCUCCAGUCAGUCAGGAAUAGCAAGGCGAGGUGUACAGAUCAUUGAUGAUGAGCCACAAGUGCAGAGCAGUGGAGGGUGCUGUUCUUCUGGAUAAUUAUAAAACUGUGCAUCACUGCCCUCUCAAUAUGAAGACUGCCAUAUUCCAAGUCACACAUUCUUUACCAAUGGAGUAAUAGAAUUAACAGUAUUUAAAAAUAAUCACAUGUAACACUGCAGAGACCUUAAGUGCUAAACUAGUGGCAUCUGUGACCAGAGAAUUGGCGUUUUCUACAGUGGUUAACAAAGCAAUUACCAAUGGCCUUUUUACAUAUUUUUCUUUAAUGAGGAAUAAUAUGCAUGUAGAAAAGACCUACUUAAAGGCUUCAUUUAUAUUCUUUUAAAUCAGAUCAUUAUUUAAUAACUUAUAUACAUUGUUGUUGGAAUGGUAUACGUUUUUGCAGCUCUUUGUAUUUUGUGGUAGAUGGAAUUGUAUCACUUCUAAAAUGCAAAUUGAUUUUUUUUUAAAUUAGCAGAUAUCUGAAUUAAUAUUUUUGCAGGGCCUCCACAAGCCUAUAACUCAACUACUUUGAUAUAUUCUGUUCAUCUGUAUGCCAAGCUGAUAAAAUACAUUGUAAAUUACAUAUUAAAUAUUUUAUCUGCUUUUACAGUUGCAGAAAUAUGUACAUCAGUCUUGUCAGUGAUUGUGAAGUGAAUAAGUCAGUGAAAGAUGCAAGCUUUUCAUGUGCACUGUUAAAUUGCUCAUUCUAUUCCCCUAACUGAAAACAGCUUUAUUUUGGGUACAUCCAUAGCUACAGCAAUUCUUUAAUACAUUUCUGGCAAGCAGCAGUAUUUAGAGUAUCCCCUUACUGGAAGAGAAUGCUUCUGUAAACUGCUGUUUAACAUUGAGGUGUUUGACUUACAGCUAAAACAGUUGGUGCAUGCACAUACCUUGCCUCUGCAGUUACUUUGUCCUCUCAGAAGAUCCCCAGAAAGUCAAAGCAACUUUAGCCCUCAUCUGUCUGGUAGCCAGUAAACCAGAUGCAUGGGAAACUCUUUAGCUGCUUUAAUACUUUUAUUUCCAAAGACAGCAUUAUAAACUAUCCAUGAGAAUAUUUUUUUUUCCCUGCAGGGCUUGAGUGAACAAUUAAUUGGCAUUAUUAGCAUUAACUGUAACUUCUAAUUUGGAGUGAUUAAAUUCAAGAUGGGAAACUUGCCAGAUGUAGCUGUAAAUUUGGGGAUUCUAGGCAGAAUUGAAUUUAUUCCCAACUUGUUAUUUCUCCUGUAAAGUGUUUUGAAAAAGCCCAUUUAAGUUUCUGGAGGAGGCUUUUCAGAAAAAAUGUGUAAACUACUAUCACAAAAGAACACAAAUGGUGGUAGCUGAAACUUCAAAAUGUUUUGUGCUCUGACUUUUUUUACGUAAGUUGUCAUGCUUGGAAAAACAGUAAAGGUGAUGUCUAUGACAAAGUAGAAUAUCCUUGGCCUUCCUUUUUCUGAAAGGUAGAUUUAGUAUUGCAUAUGAAUGCACUGAAUGGUGUGGGUAUGUUCUGAUACACAAAAGAAGUAGUAGUAAUGAAUUAGUCUGUGUAAGAGAAGUGUGCUGUCUUCAGUCUGAUUUUUAUUUUCUCUGAAAUAAUAGAUGGCUUUGAUACAGACUGAUCCUGGUGCAUUUUCUCCUUUUUUGCCUUAACUGUGGUGUAGAUACUUUCUCUUAGACUACCAUUGCUGUGCUCUUCUGAUGUGUUUGUAUGCAUGAUGGAGAAAGGUGGUCUGUUCAUGCUAGUGAAGAUUAAGUUUCUUGGUUGUGCAGAGCUUUGACGUGAAUCUAAAAUCAGUGAUUGUAUCAGCAUGUAGAAACGCCAUUAGCUUUCAUAUAUCUAACAACAGUGACCUCUGUCAAAAUUGAAAACCAGAUUGGUUUGAUCUAACACUGGUAUCUGACUAUCAGCCUUGUAAGUGAUACAAUGUAUGAAGAUAUGGAGAAUGAAAUUGUCAAGUCUUGAUGUUCAAGAAUGGAAUUGCCUCAGAAUAGGAGUUUCAGGUUUUUUAUUAAAAUUUAAUUUUUUCCAUCUCUGCAUAUAAAACCCCCAACAGCCCAACUUCAACUAUACUUGGUUGAAGCAGUGUGUAGAAUGUAUAUUUCUGCCUGCAGCUAAGGAGUUUUUAGUGUAUUGUGUGGUAGGGGCACCCCAUGUGACUUCUGGCAAUUACAAAACUAACGAACAUGUGUUGAUACUAGCUCUUAAGUCUCUUACAGAGUUAAAACUAUUACUACUGAAAACUUAGGUGGGGAUAAAGAAGUCUGUUUUGUAAUACUGGAAAGGUUCUGCAUGCUAUUAGUGAAAUAUUUUUUUAAAAUAAAUUCUCAAGUUACUUUUGUUACUUAAGCUAAAACAUAAAAAAUACUCACUGGAAACCUUCCUGUCUAAGCUGUGGUUUGCUUGGACUUUGUUUAUAAAACUUAAAACCUGUGUUUGCAGGGUAUCAUUAUAUAACUGGAAGAAAGUAUAGCUUUGUGAAGUCAGGGAAGGUGGUUGAAGAUGAGACAGAGGUGAAAACAUGAAUUGUUUAGACUGAUUAACAUAAGACUUCAGCUAUUCAUUGGCAGCAGACAAAAUACAACAGUUCCAGGAAAAAGCAUCUUUGUCAAAGGUACUGAGAAUGUUCUUUGCACUUGAUAUACAGAAAAGCACAAAUAGCUUGGUUUUCUAUAUUUGAGCAGGACUCAAGUAACCUGGUGUUAUUAGUAUGUGGCUUGCUUUUCAAGACUAUUGAGUCUUGCAUUUCACCUAGAUGCCUGGUUUAUGUCUAAAGGAGAAGUGUUUUCUUGUUGCUGACUUCUGUGACUGUAAACAACGAAGCUAUUUUUGAUUCUUCUGAGAAGUGAAAGAACAAGGCUGUCUUUAGAAGGUACCUCUAUUGUGAGGCAGUCAGACACCUGCUAUAGCAUGUGUAAAUCAACACUGAGCACACUUCCUUAGGGUGUAUCUUGACAGAGAUUACUCACAUACAUACUGAAAUAAAAUGGUCUGACUUUGUACAAUACCUUUCUAAAACAACUUCUAAGUGCUUGUUGCUGCUACUAUGAAUACAUGAGCUACCCGUGAACCUUUAUGACUUGCUGAAAUAAACUCCAACAAGCCAAAGUCCAAUUGGUUUAAUGCA